CACCGACCGUAACAGAGUAUUCGCAUUUCAAAGGUAGACGUAUCGGGGAUCAGUAACGAUAGUGUUAAAGAAGUUUCGCGCGCUGUGAAAAGUGAUAGCUGCUUUCAAUCAUGAUUCUCUUGAUCUUCACGCUUGGGCCGCUUUUCUUGACGAACCUUGUUUCUGCUGACUUCGGCUACGAUGGAGACGACGGCCCGUCGCAUUGGGGUGACAGCCACAAAGCCUGUUUAGGAAAGCAACAAUCCCCCAUCGACAUAGAAGCAAAGGACGUUACGAUGGCCAGUUACCCACCGCUAGAAUUUUCUAAUCUCCAAAAUCCUCAUAAGGCUAAUCUUACGAACAAUGGGCACACAGUGAUGAUCAAAAGUGUCGAUACCGAGUUACCCACGAUAUCAGGGGGACCAAUCAACGAUACGUACACCUUUCAACAACUGCAUUUCCAUUGGGGCCAAAACGACAGAAUCGGAUCCGAGGAUCUUAUCAAUAAUCAUUCAUUUUCGAUGGAACUUCAUGCCGUUUUCUGGAAAAAAUCGUACGAAACUGCGGAUGAAGCGAUGAAACAUUCUGACGGUCUCACCGUUCUAGGAUAUUUAUAUCAGACCACGGAUGAUUCAAAUCCAAUUUUCGAUUCGAUCGUUUCCCGAAUAUCAGAAAUAGAGACAGCUGGCAGUACUAUAACAAUAGAUGAUUCUAGUGUCUUAAAUAAAUUGGUUGCACCGGACAUUGUAUCCGCACAAAAUUAUUACACGUACAAAGGAUCGUUAACCACGCCUCCUUGUCUCGAGAUCGUUCAAUGGAUCGACUUCAUAGACCCGCUGCCCAUAUCCCAUGAUCAGUUGGCAGCAUUCCGCAAUAUUCAAUCCUCAGAUGGUAAAAAUGUGACACAUAAUUUCCGUCCAGUGCAGCCACUAAAUGGUAGAGUAAUUUAUCGGAACAAUAUUAAUGAGAUCACAGAAACACCUAAGCCGACAAGUGGUUCAAUGACUACUACGACUCUUGUAACAACUGCUCCAACAACUGCUGCAAUAACUGCUCCAACAACUGCUGCAGUAACUGCUCCAACAACUGCUCCAACAACUGCUGCAGUAACUGCUCCUACUACAACAGUUGGAGGAAAAUUAACAAAAAUGUCUACGUUAACGAUUACUUCAACACGUGCGCCAACCAUAGAAUCGAUUAAUCAUAUGGAUAACAACGGAAGCCAACAUUCUGGACAAGAAAGAAUAUGGAUAGCAUCACCUUUCGCGGUAAUAUUUGGAAUCAUUUUCCUUCUACCAUACCAAUAAUUCUGACUACACUGGAAGCUCUAGUCAAUUACUUUAACUCUAUAUAUAUGUAUACAAUUUAAGUAAGGAUAAACCAAGUUUUAAAUAAGUAUUUACAUAAUACGUUUCAUUACAAAAAAGGUAUUAUUUAUAUUCUCAGAGGUAUUCGUAUUUAAACAAAAUGCCUAUGACAUUUUAUUAAAUAAAUAUCACCUCACGGCUAUACAAUUAUAGGAUACAUGU